GUUCCUCUUUCUGUCCAAAACUACUGCCACGCUCACACUGAGACCAAGAGGUUAACCGAACACAAUUUUUCCUUACAACUUACUUUCAGCAGACUUGUCCAACCUCCAUCUCCGUGUCCCACUUUCUCCAAGAGAAGACCCCAGCAGCCUCCUGCCAACCCCACUCAGACAUGGUGUGCAGCUCCUGCCUUCUGAUUGCAGCUGUGCUCGCCUUUGCCAGCUGCAGAGCCUCCCACAUGGUGGAUGCAACCUGCUCUGAGAUUACAACGAAUAAAAGCUAUAGCUGUGAAGGUUUAGGACUGAGGGAGAUUCCUGGAAGUCUACCUGUCACAACAGAAAUCCUUGACUUCAGCUUCAACAUGCUCCCAUCCCUCCAGAAUUCAACCUUCUCUGGGCUGGAGUCUCUUCUCUACUUGGACCUGACGAGGUGUCAGAUCAACUGGGUGUAUGAAGAUGCCUUUCACAACAACAAACGGCUGCACACCAUUGUGCUGACUGGAAAUCUGCUCAUGUUCCUAUCUGACACAGCGUUUGCCGGUCCUGAGUCUCUGAGGAAGCUUGUAUUAACACAGACAGGAAUAAGCACGAUAUCCUUUAUUCCAAUGACAAAUCUGGACAGGUUGGACACCCUCAUCUUGGGAAGCAACCACAUCUCUUCAUUGCAGCUCCCUCCCAACUUUCCAACUAAAAACCUCAAACAUCUUGACUUUCAAAUGAACCAUAUAAGAGUAAUCACAGCAGAAGAUGUCAGCAUUUUGCAGAAGACCAGUAAUAUGACUCUUAUAUUUAAAGGCAACGACAUUUUACACAUUGAACCUGGAGCUCUCCAAUCCCACUUCUACAGCUUGGACUUUGGGGGCUGUGCUGACAUCCCUGGGGUCCUUGCAGGAAUACGUAACUCCACUACCCAGACCCUUUGGCUAGGAACAUUCAGUGAUGUGGAGAAGAAGCCUGACAUAACUCCAGGUGUUUUAGAAGGCCUCUGCAACAUUUCUGUCAAGGAUCUCUAUCUGCAACUACAGCAUUUCGAAAACCUAAAUGCUGCCACAUUUCACUGUCUGACAAGGCUCCGAAAGUUGGACCUAACCCACACCCACAUCAGUGCUUUACCGCCUGGAAUCAGUGGGAUGAGUUCACUCAGGGAACUAGUUCUCAGCAUCAACUCCUUCCAGCAUCUCUGCAACAUCAGCUCUGCCACCUUCCCAUCGCUCACUCAUCUCCACAUCAAAGGGAACCUGCAGGCACUGCAGCUAGGCUCUGGCUGCUUGGAAGGUCUGGCAGAGCUCCGGCAUCUUGAUUUAAGUCACAGUCAUGUUGAAAGCCUCGAUUGCUGCAGCAAAGCGCUAAAUGGCUUGAGCAGCCUUCAGUACCUAAAUUUGAGCCACAACACAAAGCUCCAUAUCCAAGAUGUGUUUUUCAAGGAGGGUACAAGCCUGGAGUUGCUGGACAUAGCUUUCACUCAUCUUCACAUUGCCACUUCACAGGGUCCCUUCCGGAAUCUUCAUCUCUUGCAAGUCCUGAACCUUUCCUCUUCCUACAUUAAUACCAGCAUUCAACAUCUCUUUCAGGGUCUGGAAAAUCUUGUGCUCUUGGACCUUAGUCAAAACACUUUUGAGUCAGGGAUCAUGCCUGAGGACAAACUGUUUCAACAGCUAUCCAAUUUAGAGGUGCUAAUUUUAUCAUCCUGUGAACUGACAGCAGUGAACAACCAAGCCUUCCACAGCCUUGGGAAGUUACGGCACGUUGAUCUGAGCCACAACAAGUUUACUGCACUCAGCACAGCUGUAUUUUCAAAACUCAAGAGCAUCUACCUCAACUUUGCCUACAACAGGCUCUGUAUUAUACCACGUGACCAGCUAGAGUCCCUGCCUGGCCACAGCGUAAUCAAUCUGAGUUACAACCCCCUGGAAUGCACCUGUUCCAAUAUUGGUUUCAUCACCUGGUACAGGCAGCAUCUGGAUAAAAUUGAAGACUCCAAAAGAACAACAUGUUCUGAACCCAAAUCGCUAGCUGGGGCUCCGUUAGCCACAAUCUCACUCUCAUGUGGGAUCAGCACUGCAGGAAUCAUUGCAGCUGUCCUACUUGUUUUGUGCUGUGUCGCCAUAUCAAUUUGGGGUGCUCACUAUUUCAAACGAAAUUAUCAGCAAAUCUGAGUUUAUUGCAAGCACACAGUGCAAACAGUUGUACAGCAAGGGGAUUAGGAUGUAAGACAACUGCUUUUGCUUGUGGCCUGUAUUUUAUGUAAUCAUUGUAACACUCUUUCUAUUUUCAUUAUACUUUUUAGAAAAAGAAUAAAAUAUCUUUUAUGGGA